UGAAACACUCAUAUAUACAGGAACCGUUACUUGAUUGUUUCAUUUGACGACUGGUUACAAUGGCCGGUCGGAUAAUGCAAGUCCUUUUUCCUCUACUGACGGUUAUGCUGGCAGUUAAAUCUGCGCCAAUUCAAACGCCGAGGAAAACUUAUAAUAUGGACAAGUUGGUGAGGGUGCACCCUACAUCUUUGGAACAAGUUGUGGCGUUAGAGAAACUUCAGAAUCAUCCAUCAAUGAAGCUUGAUUUCUGGAAGGUGCCACAUUUAAACACCAGCGUGGAUAUCCAUGUCCCAAUACAUGUGUAUAAUGACGUCACGAAGCACCUGUCACGUGUUGGUUUACAUCCUUCCUUGUUAAUUAAUGAUUUACAAAGUGUGAUUGACCAAGAGCAAGCUUCUAUGGAGAUUCCUGAUUACGUCAUCAACUCUUUUGGUGUGAUGUCUAUUUCUGGAUUAAAACCUCGAAACUCGGACAUAGUUGGGAAGUACGCCCGCCAUAGCGAGAUUGAUAGCUGGCUUAUUAAUAUAGCGGAUCAAUAUCCAACCCUCGCUAAAGUGGAAUCAAUUGGAAGUUCUCAUGAGGGGAGAGACAUGAAACUUAUCAGGAUUGGCAAAAACAACGAGGCUCGGACAAAACCAAUCAUUUGGAUAGAAGCCGGAAUUCACGCCAGGGAGUGGGUGGCCCCCGCAACGGCAAUUUACACAAUACACAAGUUACUAACGGAGUAUGGAAUCAACCCUGUUGUGACGCAGUUAAUGGAUGAAUUCGAUUGGCUAAUUCUUCCUUCAGCUAACCCGGACGGUUAUGAAUAUAGCCACACUAUGGACCGUCUCUGGAGGAAGACCAGAAGCCGUCAGUCGGGGCGCUGUACAGGCGUGGAUCCAAACCGGAAUUUCGACAUCUCGUUUGGAGGAGCAGGAACAAGCACAAACCCCUGCAGCGAUAUUUAUCCCGGAACCAGUGCCUUCUCCGAGUCAGAAACUAGAAACAUCCGAGACGCCUUGCUGUCGGAGAGGGCGCGGAUCAAGCUGUUUUUGUCGUUCCAUGCGUACUCCCAGCUCAUACUGACACCGUACGGCUACACCAGUAUCAAACCCUCAGAUAACCAGGAACUGAUGAGAGUCGCAGAGGCAGGGGUAGCGUCACUGAAGACGAUUCAUGGCGAGAUGUACACCGCUGGAACACCGCCUGAUCUCCUGUACGCUGCCUCCGGUGGUUCAUAUGACUGGGCGAAAUCGGUGGCAGGAAUACAGUAUGCCUACACGUACGAGAUGAGACCGGCUGAAGCAAGCUUCGGACAAUCCGGAUUUAUCCUUUCCGAAUCAGAAAUUAUACCGAAUGCAGAAGAAGUAUGGGCGUCCCUUGUCACUAUAGCAACGGAAAUCCAAUACUAGAGAGAAAAAUGUUUUCGGUUAUUUUUCAUGUUUCAUUAAACAAAUAGAGUAGCAUUUAGGGUUUUUGUUUGUUUAUUUGUUUUUAUAUAUUAUAUAUUUUCUAUGACAACCAGAUGGUAAAAACCUUACCAAUAAUUAUGAAUAACAUCCUUGAAUUGAUAAUAUGGUAGGACAUCUCUGCAUUAAAAUUGUUCAAACCGCU